ACAGGGAAGAGAUUCUCCUGUACUGUGUGCGGGAAAGGAUUCCGUUAUAAAUCCAAACUCAAUGGGCAUAAAAGAUCUCACACGGGGGAGAAGCCGUAUUCCUGUCCUGAGUGCGGAAAAUGUUUUUCACAGACGUCCACUCUUUACGCACAUCAGAGAUCUCACACAGGAGAGAAGCCGUAUUCAUGUUCUGAGUGCGGAAAAUGUUUUUCACAGACGUCAGCUCUUUACACACAUCAGAGAUCUCACACGGGGGAAAAGCCGUAUUCCUGUCAUGAGUGUGGGAAAUGUUUUUCACAGAUGUCCACUCUUUACAAACAUCAGAGAUCUCACACAGGGGAGAAGCCGUAUUCCUGUUCUGAGUGCGGGAAAUGUUUUUCACAUAAGUCCAGUCUUCAUCAACAUCAGAGAUCUCACACGGGGGUGAAGCCGUAUUCCUGUCCUGAGUGCGGGAAAUGUUUUUCACAUAAGUCCAGUCUUCAUCACCAUCAGAGAUUUCACACGGGAGACAAGCCGUAUUCCUGUCCUGAGUGUGGAAAAUGUUUUUCAGUGAAGUCCAAUCUUUACACACAUCAGAGAUCUCAUACAGGGGGAAAGCCAUAUUCCUGUCCUGAGUGCGGAAAAUGUUUUUUUCAUAAGUCCUAUCUUCAUAAACAUCAGAGAUCUCACACAGGGGAGAAGCCGUAUUCUUGUCCUGAGUGCGGGAAAUGUUUUCCACAGAAGUCUCAUCUUCACACACAUCAGAGAUCUCACACAGGGGAGAAGCCAUAUUCCUGUCCUGAGUGUGGGAAAUGUUUUUCAUGGAAGUGCAAUAUUUCCAGACAUCAGAGAUCUCACACGGGUGAGAAGCCACGUUCCUGUCCUGAGUGA